GAUACGGAUGCUUGGACGUAGAUAUACGGAGCAUGUCCGUGAGAGUCCGGCUCGAUCGAGAUGGCGAUGGUGGUGGCCACCGGGGUCGCAUUGAAUUAUAGUUCAGGUGGAGGAGGGCGAGAAGAAUCGACGAGGGGACAAAGUCGUAGUCGCAGUCGCAGUCGCAGUAGGAAGCAGACGUCGGACAGAACCGUUGGACCAACAAGAAAGCGUGGAGCGACUGCCUGUCAAGCGAUAGUUAAUAUGGGCAUCAUGGAUGAUGGCGGAGUGGAGGACAUGCGACCAGCAGCGUCACAUCGCCGAUGGUCGCAUCUCCCGCGGCUCUUGGUCGGACUAACUUCGUUUCUGCUAUUUACUCGUCAUCCUCCCUCCUCUCUUCCGGUGGGGACCGCCUUUUGGACCGUUCGUAUUCCGGCGCCUUUAUUUUGCUUUCUUUUCCUACUACUCUCACUACCUAGUUCUUCCGCCUCAAUAUCAUCAUCCAUCAUUCAUCGCCGCUCUCCAUCUCCCCUUCCUUCUCCCCAUCCUCGCCCCGAUUCCAUCUACUUCCUACUCGCUGUCACCACCCCCUGGUCGUUCUACUACUCUACGAAGCUCCAUUCCCCGUGCGGACUAACACGCUGUAAGAGUUCGACAGGCUACGACAAGUGGUUUCAUCCCCCUGGACCGUUCUUCUCGAAUCGCAGCUAGCUGGAGUUUCUGUGGGAGCUCCUUACGAUCCCUCGUGACACCUUCACCAUCCGUCAAGCUUCGGUCUCCAUUCCUGUUGAACCCUAUAUUCUGCCAGGCUUUUAAACAUUCCUAGCUCCCUGGGUCGGGAAAAAAAAA